AUGGGGGCAGAGAAAGCCAAAUGAACUUUCUGGCACAAAAAGUUGCCAAACUCUUCUCUUCCCUCUGGGGGCUGGAUCAGAGAGAGAGAGAUAGAUGGAUUGCUGGGAGAAGCUAAAGAGAGUUUUGAUUUCUAAAUUUUCAAACAUCAAGCUUCGCAAAUCUAAAGGUGGUAGAGAUGGUGGCAAUAGAGCUGUAGGUGGUGGUGGCCGCAGCAGCGGUCUACUAAAUCUAAAGAAUGAUGUACAGACUUGUGAAUAUAAAGACAUACAAGUGAUGUGGAACAUAUUAAACAGAGACGAGAUGGAGAUGAAGCAGAAGCAGGAGCAUACAGAGGUAAUCACAGCAGCAAUUGCUAAGCCUAUUUAAUGUAACUAAUAGAAUACAGAAUUUUUA